GCAACCUAUGCAACCAAGGGCACCGACGGUUAAAAACAUGCAUUUUUCAUGUUGUUGUGAUCAUUAUUACACAAAAAUGUAUCAUGAUAUUUAUAGCACAGUGAAAUUUUGUGUGAAAGACCAGGUUAAAUUGUCAGUUUGUUGUCAGAUAUGUACAACAAACCCAAAAGUCGUUUAACUCUCACGAAAGAGAUUGUUGAGAAAUCUGUCCAGCCCCAAGAACAAGUUGUCUUCCGUCCGACCCAGAUUCCAAACAACGACAUCAUGAUGAAACGUUACCCCCAAGGUCCCCCCGACUUUACUCUUAACCACAUUGCAGAGAAAAUUCCGAUUCACUAUAGGGCAAACAAAAAGCCUAUGGUGCCAGCACCUGCCUGUGCACACGAUUAUAGCACCCCUGAUAUUGUACAAGAUGCAGAGGAAAGUGGGCGAAAUUCACGCUCAAGCGCAAACUUGUCCCCAAAGACGCAAAAAGCCCCCGCUUUCUUGCCAGGUGAUAGAGUGAUAUUUGCGGAAUCGCCCUCUGCCCCGGGCAUUCCUGUUGUUUACAGGACUCCAGAGGAAAGGUCCUCAAAUCCUGACAGACUUAACCUUGAUAGGCGGAAACUUACAGUAUGUCCGAUCUUGGAGGGAGAAGACCAGUUAAGACUGUUGAACUAUCAGCACAAUGCAAUUACAAAGAUUCAGCAUCUGAGCUCACUAAAACGACUCAUUUUUCUGGACUUGUAUGAUAAUCAAAUUGAGGAAAUCUCAGGACUAAGCUCGCUGAAGUCUCUCAGGGUGCUCAUGUUAGGAAAAAACAGAAUAAAGAAGAUAGAAAACUUGGACAACUUAACAAAACUGGACGUGUUGGAUCUCCAUGGGAACCAGAUCACACUGAUUGAGAAUCUGAACCAUUUAGCCGAGCUUCGGGUGCUGAAUUUGGCUGGGAACCAGAUCGUCAAUGUGAACAAUCUCAUGGGGAUGGACAGUCUGGCGGAACUCAAUCUACGAAGAAACCGAAUCAGAAUGGUGCUUGAUGUGGACAAUUUACCAAGCCUACAGCGUCUCUUUCUCAGCUUCAACGAUAUUUCUAGUUUUGAGGACAUCUCCUCCCUGUCUGACUCCACGAGUUUGUCUGAGAUUUCGCUCGAUGGGAACCCGAUCACACAGGAGCAGUACUACAAACAGAUUGUACUGAGGCAAAUGCAGCAGCUUAAGCAGCUGGAUAUGAAGAGAGUCACGGAGGAGGAGCGCAGAAUUGCCCUCGUCAUGGCACGCAAGGAGGAAGAGAAAAAGAGGGAGUCAAGCAGGACUAAUAUUAUGAAGGAGAAGAAACGUCUUGCCAUUAACAAUGCCAAGCGACAGUGGGAAGUGAUGCAGGGCUCCAUGAUGAAUCGGACCGGAAAACUCGUCAAAAUGCCAGAGCUGUACGCCAACCAUGUAGGUUCUGUCUCUAACUCAGACCUGAUUUCUCCAUCCAAUGAGGAAAACUUAGAGGUUGAGUCCAUACACAGUGAGUCCAAACAGAGCAGUCGGGGAGGAUCUCGUCCGAGCAGUGCUCAGAGUACGGCCGAUGAGAGGCCCCGCACGGGGAACUUAGUUCAGCAAUUCAAAUCUGAGGCCCAGAAACCUGGCCAACUCAAGGAAACCAUGAUAUUUGGGAACCCAGGUCGGUAUGCCAGUGACCUGAAUAAUUUGGCUGACUUGGAGGGGGACAGCCUGACGAUGUAUGGCCCCCAGUCCUUGGAGGCUCUGGAUAAGAACUGGGGGGUGCAGGCUGCUGGGACAGUCACACAUGUUGUGUUCAAGUUCAUAGACUUUGUGGAAAUAGCAAAGCAUUUACACAAAAUCAGAACCCGAUUCCCUGGUGUACAGAGCAUAACCUUCAGCUCAACAAAUAUCCGAUCUCUGGACCAAAUUAAUGCGCUCUCUAGUGUUCGGAGGCUGGAUAAUUUAAAUAUUAACCUUGACGGAAAUCCCAUCACUAAGUUCACCUUGUGGCGCAUGUACGUCAUCUUCAGACUGGCGCACUUCGCUCUGAAAAAAAUUAACGAUGUCGAGAUAUCGGCAGCAGAUAUUGUUAAUGCAGAAAAGUUAUUUGGACCGGUGUCUCAUAUCACAACAUCACAGCUUCCACAAUCUCGUCUUCUGUCCCUCAUCGGAGAGACUAGGAGAAAGCAGCUCCUGUCCAUGAGUGAAGACAAGUCCAAGAAAAUUUUGGAGGGAAAACUUGACAAAUCUCAGGGUGAAUUUGUGGGGAGGUCAGGACUGACCUAUCAAACGCAAGAGUCAGUUACCUCUAAAAACCAGGAUUCUUCAAAUAAAAAACAGUUUGCCAAAAACUACAUCAGUGAAAUAACAAAAGAAACUGUUUUUACGGAUAGAAAGAAAAAUGAAUUUCUGAAACAAUGGCCACUAAUUUUCCAUGAAAUGGUAUAUAAUGCUGUGACAGACAUGUCAGACACACAGGGUUACAUGAAAAAAUGUCUGGAGGAGCUAGAGAAAAGCUAGUGAUACCAGGGUACUAGAUAUUGUGUACAAGGAAGUAGCCAUACAUGGCCAACUUGGUGCAGGGUGUAGGAUAAAUUAUGUGCUUGAAUUCUCAGGAUGUGGAGCAAUGUUAUAAAAUGGUGAAUGUUUUUGUUUUUGAGGAGGGUCCAGAUUGGAUAUAUAAAAAUUAUAAAAGAGUGACACAGUGGCAGCUAAAAAUGGCAGCCCUUCACUGUGAGAAGUUUGACUUGGAGGAAGUCUAGAUGGAGAUGUUGGUUAGAAGGAAGGGGUCAAGAGUUCACCUUCAAAUGGACCUUCUAUGGUGACUGGUGACAGAGCCCUAAUUAUCGUAAUCAGGAGAAAUACAAGUGUAUGAAAAGUCAAUUUAGAAUUUGUAAUUUAUAGUGCCAUGCAUAAAACAUACAUCUAGACAAGUCUUUGGUAUCUCAGUCAAGUUUGGAACCCAUGUCUUUCAUGUAUAGAAUGUAAAAUAUUUUAUUAUUUAUGCCAGCUUAUUUUGCUGCAGUAGUCAUUCCAUGACUUAUCUCCCUUCAAUGCAGAAACAAUUUCCUUAUAAUUACCAAUAUCUGUAUCUCGUUGAAUUUAUUUGUG